AUGGUUGUAUACCCUGAAAUCUUCCCAACAAACAUAAGAAAUGUUGGAAUUGGUCUGGCAUCAAUGUCUGCGAGGAUUGGUGGACUGUUUGCCCCAUUUACACGGACUGUGUACCGCUACCUGCCGUGGGUCCCUGGCUCUGUGUUCGGCACGUUCUGUGUCGUGGUGACUCUCCUGGUUCGCUUCCUACCAGAAACUAACAACCAGGAACUGCCACAGACAAUCGAGGAGAUGAAACAGUGGCUCAGGAAACAAAGAGAAACUCCAGGGAAAAACAACAUUCCCGAAAAUGACACUUGAAAGUAAUAGAAACUGGAAAUUUUAGACAAGAAAAAUGUAAAUAAAUAUCACUGAAUUGAUAUUAUAAAGUUA